AUGCCGAGACCCUUCCGGACCGGCUGCCUGGUAAAAGCAGUGGAGACGGCAGCCCAGCGCGAGGCCUUCAUCGUCGGAAAGCCCAGCCGGUACAUGUUCGAUUGCGUGGUGAGCGAGUUCGACAUCGAUCCGGCUCGUACCAUCAUGGUGGGAGAUCGGCUGGACACAGACAUCCUCAUGGGCAAUAGCUGCGGGCUCACCACCCUGCUGACGCUGACCGGCGUCACCGCCCUGGACGAAGUCAGGGGCCACCAGGAGAGCGGCUGUCCCGCCAGGCAGAGCCUGGUCCCCGAUUACUACGUCGACAGCAUAGCCGACCUGCUCCCCGCGCUGGGGGAUUAG